AUGGAAGAACCAGAGGAUAACAUGGUCCAAGUCCGCAAAUCCUAUAAAGUUGAACAGAUGGUGUCAAAGUGGCUUCGCCGUACACGAGAUCAUUCACAGAGGACAAGAUCGUGCACAAUCAACAGGAUAGGUCCCAGACCGGGGGUUGGAGUGCCAGAUGUCAAGAUCCUCAAUCUGUUCGAGAUUCAUGUGUUGAAGCUGACUGGAGAGGAUAUGGGCUGUUCCUGUGUUGACGGCACAUCUGUCAUGUCGCCCUCAGGCAACUGUGACCCCGACUCCAGUGUCGAGAGCAGCUCGGCUGAGGGCAGCACUGUUGAAGACCGAGUCAUCCAGGGGCUGACGGGCACCCAUAAGGUGGAGGAUCAGAAGCUCGACAACCUGGGGCUAUCCACCCAGACCCGCCAUCCAAUUAGGGUACCUGGGCGGGCUCCUGAUGCCCCGGCCAGGGGGCUGUCAGUUCUGAAGCCUCAGCAGUGCCAACAGGAGAGGAAUCGAGGCCCAGCUGAUGGAGCAACCGGUAACACGAGCCAGCAGAGCAGCCCAUUAAAGGUGACAGUAAAGAUUAACAAAGAUCCGCUCCUGGAUCAUGGAUUUAUGGUAUCAGAGGAAACACCGGUGUGUGUGAAGUCUGUCACUGCAGGUGGUCCAGGAGAGGGGAAGCUGUUCCCAGGAGAUCAAAUUAUAAAGAUUAACAAUAUACCCCUGGAUGCUAUUUCCCAGGAACACAUCGAUAAUAUUAUCAGGGAAUGUGGUAACACAAUUACAGUCACUGUGCUUCGAAAUACCUCAGGGCCCAAGUCAUCAUUCAUUACUGAAGAAAAACGAGCCAGAUUGAAAAGCAACCCAGUUAAAGUGCGCUUUGCUGAGGAAGUGAUUGUCAAUGGCUACACACAGGGUAACUCACUUCUUUUCAUGCCCAAUGUUCUCAAGGUGUAUUUGGAAAAUGGACAGACCAAAGCCUUUCGAUAUGAGAAAAAUACAACAGUGAAGGAUAUCAUCCUAACCCUGAAGUCAAAACUAUCCAUCCGCUGUAUAGAGCAUUUUGCCCUUGCUUUGAGGGAACGAUACAGUUUCACCAAGAUCUACCUCUUACAUGACGAUGAGAUCAUUGAGCAGGUAGUUCAGAAGCGAGAACCCCGUGACUAUAGGUGUCUCUUCAGGGUGUGUUUCCUGCCAAGAGAUCCACUCUUGCUUUUACAAGAUGAUCCAGUUGCCUUUGAAUACCUCUACUUACAGAGUUGCAAUGAUGUGCUGCAGGAAAAGUUUGCUAUGGAGAUGAAAUGCAACACUGCUAUCCGUCUUUCAGCACUACAGAUUCAGGAAUGCAUCCUCAGCUCCAAGCAGUCUCAGAAAGUCUCUAUGAAGUACAUUGAGAAGGAUUGGGGAAUUGAGAACUUUGUCUCACCAACUCUGCUUCAUAACAUGAAGGAAAAAGAUAUCAGAAAGGCCAUUAACUAUCAUCUUAAGAACAACCAUAGCUUGAUUGCACCAGGACAAAAGCAACUGAUAUCAACAGCACAGAUCCGGCUGAAUUACCUAAACAUACUGGGUGAUCUUCGAACAUACGGAGGGAAAACCUUUAACGCAACCCUUCUGCUGCAGGACAGAGAAUCAUUUAUUACAUUACUGGUGGGAGCCAAGUAUGGUAUCAGCCAGGUUAUUAACAGCAAGCUCAAUAUUAUAAACCAGCUAACAAAAUUCAACAACAUCAGGAAGUUGGAGUUGACUUGCGAAUGUGACAAGGUCAGCAUGGUGAACAUCUACCUCAUGGAUGUGAAGUCCCUGACAUUGUUACUGGAAUCUCACCAUGCCAAAGACCUUGUGUGUUUGAUUGCUGGAUAUCACAGACUGUAUGUGAACUCCUUGGACUCUAUAUUCACCUGGCCUGGCAAUUAUCAAAGUCAGACACUUACAAAUGAAGAAGGUGAUGAGGCCCGAGGAUUAAGUGAUUCUGAGUCAUCAUCAGACAUUGACUCAUCAUUGGACAUGUCCAUAGAGGUCCACAAACUGAGAAAUGGAUUAAUACAGCCUCUGACUGAAGAAGACGAAGAUAUUGAGAACUUGGAAAGUAAGGACACAGACAGUGACUGCUUAAGGGAGGAUGUUCAAGAAGAGACCAGUUGUAGCACAGGGGAUGUGUCUGACCUGAACGAUGAAACAAUAAGUCAGGAAGGGAUCACUUCUGAAAGAAGCUGUUCUGCCGACUCAAUGGAAGAACUGCAAACGGAGAAUUCAGUGAGCAGCACAUCGUGCCCCCAAUCACACAGUGAGAUUUCUGAGGAAGAUGACAAAGAUUCUGUCACUGGAGAGAGUGAAAGUGAGUCACUCACAAAGAAGCACGAUAUGAUGGAAUUUAAUGUCAGCUUUCAUCAGCAUUCAGCAGACUCUCCGACUUCCACCCAGACCCUCUCUGAAUUCUGUACUAGUAAUAUAAAUGAACUGGUGACUUGCUCUUCACCUGACUUUAGCCGAAGUGAGAACUUUUAUACCACAGACGGUUGCAGCCAGUGUCCCGGAGAUGUCACUGGGAGCCAUGCACAAGGGAAUAGGUCUUGGACUUCGACAAGUUAUGGCCUGCUCACCGAGUUACCACCAAUUCCUCUUCCAGAGGAAACAUCUGCUGAUGGGGAUCCAUCCAGUCAGGUUCUAAAUAUGCCUAUUCUAGCACCCCCCCCUGGCUUCCAGGACAGUAGUUCUGAAGAUGAAUUUUUUGAUGCAGCAGAAAAAUUUACUGAGAUUGAAUGUCCAGUUGACGUCAAAUUCAAUGGAACUGGAACAGAUUGGGAGUCUGCCUAUGUUAAGGGGAUUGAAGACAAAUGGAAUGCGCAGACAAGUCUAAGUUUUUAUGGCACUGGAAUGGAAAUCAAAUCUGCUGAAAGCAUCAAAGGUAAAAUUGAAGAAGUAAAAUAUGCAACAAAUACAGAAAAAAAGCAUUUCACACCCAAGGACCUUUAUGGUGUAAAAGCUGUUCGAUCCCAGUGUUAUUCAAGCAAAGGUGAAGAUCACAUGUGUUGUUAUGAAAGGGAAAAUCUUGUGUCAAGAAUGCAGCAAUCACUAACUCUCUCUUCUUUGACAAGCACUGAGAGUGAACCUGCUUUGUUGGAAACUAAGCCAAUUGGUCCAUUAAAGCCCAUCUCUAUCUGUGCCCAUAAAAAGGUCACAUCAGAUUUAAUGGAGAUGGAGCCUGAUACCAUGGAAACUAAAUCAGUCACAGAAGCAAUGACAGUCAUUACUCCGGUUUCAGCUAGACGUUACCCAUGUGAUUCAGACACUAUAGAGGGCUGUGCCCCUAAAGCAGACUGUUCUGAAGAAGGAGAGAACACAAACCAACACCUCCUUAAUGCAGAGUUGUCUGGAACAGAUUGUUCCAAUCUGGAGGCAUGUCCAACUCCUUCAGGAGUAAUUCUGGAGCUUGGACAUGCUUGCUCUCAGAAUCUAAUAGAAAAUAAGUUGUAUAAUGUUACCAAUGUGUCAUGCACUGAUGAACAGGGCACCAUUAAUGCGAAAGUCAAAGAGCGUGAUGAAGCAAUUGCCAAAAACAGUACAGUCCUAGAAAAGGGAGAUGAGUAUGCUCAGAGGGUGGACAUACAUCAGAAUGGAACUCCACUCAGACAAACCUUAUGCCAAAUAGACUCCAAAGAGAAUACAUUCACCUUCGAAGAAGAGGUUGAAAACUGUGACAGAGGAGGAUCAUGUAAUCAAGAUGACAAUGGCAGUAUAACUUCACAAAUAUAUUCGGUGAUGCCCAGAGGGGAUCAAGCAAUGUCCCCAGAAAACUCAGUACUGGAGGAGGGAGUCUCCAGCAGGAGGAACUCAUCUGAGAGAGACAAAGAAAGUAAAGAUGCUUACUCUCUCAACAUGUCCAGGCUGCUCUUGAAUUUAAACCGAGUGUCCUUUAAGACAUUUGGCAUGGUUAAACAUUUGGCAUCACCAACCUUAGAACCAAAGAUGGAAGUUUGUUUAGUGAGGUCCCCUAACAUUUCUGAAUUUCACAUGGAAGCUGCGAAAGACAGUUCAAGAGAUAAUUUAUCAAGAAUAGGACAGAACCGGGCUGAACCACUUGUGCCUCCCACACAAACAAAUACAAAUGAACUCAGUGCAACGACACUUUGCCCACAAGAUAAAAACCCUCCUCAGGAAGUAUUGUCACUGGAAAAUACAUCACAGCUGCUUUAUGAAGUAGACAACACAGUGACUGAGGAAUCUGCAACUCCAAUUCGACAAACUGAACAUCCAUCUACUAAACUGAGCAGUCUCCAACAAACAAAAGAUAAACUCUAUCUGAAUGUUGAUUCCAGCAUCUCAGCUGCAGUUAUAACCGACAUGGAUAAGGAAACAGAUAAACAGCUCUCAAAGGGUGGAACGGAAGCCUGUAGCUGCCAGAUAGUAUAUGGGAACUGUUUUAGAACAUUGGACACUGAUGUUGAUGAUGAAAACAAAGAUCUAAAAAAUUCCACACAGCAACCUUCACCAAAGACCACUCCACCUGAUUCAGGAAGCCCCUUAUCUCAAUACCUCACCAUAUUUACUCGGCAAAGUGAUGAAACCAUGCUUACCAGCUCUUACUUUGAUGUUCCUAAAACUGAUGCUAUACCAAAGCAUGAAGGGCCCAUUCUAUCACAAUUCAAGGAUAAAAGAUACAACAUGCCAAAUGGAUUCAGGCUGAUACAGAAUGAUAUCAUGGAGCUACUCAGCAUGUUGAAAGAAUUCUCCAGAGAAAGUCAUGUAGAGGAAGAAUGCGCAAUACUUAUUUCAUCAACCAAGCAGAAACUCUACACCGGAAGCAGAAAGCUGAUGUCCGCCUGCCAGAAGAGCAUCAAAGUAGGUCAGGCUCCUGUGGAGAUGCUCCUGGGAGUUUCAGAAAGUUUCCAGACCCUCAUACAGCUAACAGCGACAUGUCUCCAGUUCACAGCCUGCAUGCAUUGUGCAGAGCGUCAUGCAGAGGUGGUCAGUAACUUGACAGAGGUUGUUAUGACUUAUAAAACCUUUGUGCAAGCCUCUGAGGAUGCAUGCAGCAGAAGGUCUGAUGAUUUAAGCAUGAAAGUACUGGCUCAACAGUGUACCGCACUGACUGCUGGGGUUUUCUGUCUGACCCAGCUAUUCAAAUGA